GCCCGGGGGGGCCAUGGCCGAGCGGGCCGCUGCCCAGGCUCCAGAGUGGGACCCGGAGUCAAAGCGCCCGAUGCCUUUCCAAUCCCGCUCUGACCCCACACAGACUUCUGAGAGAGAGAGCCAGCUGCAACCAGCAAAGCUUUCCAUGUGGCCCGCAGUAGCUGCAAUCCAAGCUGUGGACAGGACGGUGGAUUCCCAUGCCACGCGGUUGCUGACUCUGGAGAGGAGAGUGGGGACAGCAGAGAAGAAAUUAGUCGACUGUGAGAAAACAGUGAUGCAAUUUGAAAGCCAGCUGGAGAGUAAAUGGGCCGCGCUGGGAACUCUGAUCCAGGGGUACGGACGGCUGCAGAGGAGGCUGGAGAACAUGGAGAACCUGCUGAAGAACAGGAACUUCUGGAUCCUGAGACUCCCCCCAGGCGCUAGGGGGGAGGUCCCCAAGGUGCCGGUGACGUUCGAUGACGUCUCAGUGUAUUUCAACGAGCAGGAGUGGGGGAGCUUAGAUGAAUGGCAGAAGGAGCUUUACAAGAACGUGAUGAAGGGGAAUUAUGAGACUUUGAUCUCGCUGGAUUAUGCCAUUUCCAAGCCUGACAUCUUAGCCCGUAUUGAACAAGGGGAAGAACCGUGUGUCCGGGAUCAGCAGGACUCCGAGAGAGUAGAAAUCCCUGUGGAGCCUUGCACAGGGCCGGAAUCCCCCAUGUUGACAAGUGACGCUCUGUCACAGAUCAAACAAGAGGAGGAGCCUCAUGUGCAGGAUCAAGGUGCCUUGGAGGAAAGUAAAAUCCCAACAGACCCACCACACUGCAGCCCAGAUGUUCCUCACGGCUUCCUACCAGUUCUCACCGACUGCAGGCAGUUAAUCCCUCCCAUCACCCGUCCUUCCUCCGAGUGUUCGGAGGAGUCAGUGAAGCAGAGCUGGUCUCCUCCUCUUCCCUCUGACGAAGCUGAUGAGGGGAUUGUGAUCAAAACUGAGGUGCAGCAAGUGGAGGAUGUACCAGGGCCGUGGCUGGAGAGAGUGAAAGAGGAAGCUGUCCUGGGAUCUUGGGAGCGUGUCCAGGACCCUGGGGAGGAACGUCCUGAAAACCAGGAGGUGCCGGGGAUGUUGUUGGGAGGAUUUGACGAGGAGGAUUUCCAGGAUCCUGGGGAGGUAACAGCCCGGGAGGUUGCAUGCAGCUCAGGAACACGGCAGAGAAACCACGCAGAGAGCAGGACAGUGAACGCCGCUCACUGGGGCGGGGCCCUGAUCCACCACCAGAGAAAGAGCACUCGCGAGAGACUGUUUGUGUGCACAGUGUGCGGGAAGAGCUUCAGGCUGAAGAUAAAUCUCAUCAUCCACCAGAAGGGCCACGCAAACGAGCUGCUGUACGAGUGCACAAACUGUGGGGAAAGUUUCAGAGCCAAGCAGAAAUUUCUGCUGCAUCUGCGACACCAGGCAGCUGCGGGGGCCUGCACGCUCUCUGCUCCUCAGGAACGUUCAAGCCAAGCGGCUCCCCCUGAGUCCCAGUCCCGAAGCCAGACGGAAGACGGUUCCAGCGAUAUCGCCAAACGGGUCAAGAGGCUGGGUCACAAACCGAGUCUGAGCAAAUACCAGCCGCCUCGUGUGCAAAGGACGUACACGUGCAGGGAAUGCAUGGAGCACUUCCCCAAGAGAAGGUGUCUCGUCGUGCACAAAAGGAUGCACGCCGACCGCAGCAAGAGGUCGCUCAUACUAUGUCCGUACUGCAGCAAGAGCUUCACCCGUCCCUCCGACCUCAUCCGGCACCAGCGGAUCCACACCGGGGAGCGGCCCUACCAGUGUGCCCAGUGUCACAAAACCUUCAACCGGCACCACCACCUCGUGGACCACCAGAAAAUCCACACGAAGAGAGAGCGGCCCUAUCAAUGCAGCGAGUGCGGGAAGACCUACAUCCGCCAGCAGCACCUCCUCAAGCACAAGCACAGCCACAGGAAGAAGAAAUCGUAAGAGGCGAGAGAGCCGGUCUGCAGGAACACGGUCAGCGGGGCAAUCUACAGGCGGGAGAUGCUGAAUGGCUCAACGGCUUCCAGUCGGAAUAGCCACCCCUGGCCUGCCCUCGCUCACAGCCAUCCAAGCAAGGGGAGGAUCGGUCUUUGAUUUGUAAUGAGCUACGGCCAAUUCACCUGGGAGACACGGGUGUCCGUUGAUUUCACCUUAUCCUGCUAAGGCAAUUAAGGCCAAGCCCUGGUGCGUCAGUGCCGAUGGUGAGCACAGGCGUGUGACAAUCCAGGCAGAUUUGGUCCUGGAUAAGAGGUUACAAUAAAGCCACUGAACUGCAGCAGGAUGUCACGAUUGCAGGAAAACGAACUGGCAGCAAAUGAAUAUUGAAGUGAAAAACUCUGGUUUUUGUGGGAGAAUCCAAAUGGAUGGAGUGCGGCGACGGGCGGCUCGCGGCAGCGGAGAAGUGACUCCUGUGAUCAGCGUUUAAUAUGUGUCAGUAUUUAAACAGAUUCCAAAGCCGGACGGGCACAUUGGGGUCACCUGCUCUGACCGCCUGUAUAACACACACCGGGUGACUUCGGCUGAAAUAGAGCAUCUCUUUUUUUUACAAAAAAUA